GAAGAAAAUGUAAACAAAGUACAAGGAUCACAAGGAUGCUGCAAAUAACCUUAAAAAUUUAAAUAUAAAGUGGUAUUUUAGUGUUAUUAUAAGAGAUAAAAUUAAAAAGAAAGUAAAUCUUAUAUUUAAAGAAAAUGUUUAGUUUAGUAAACCACAAAUUUUGGGUUCCCCGUGGGGUAUUUGCAGUGUUUACUAGAUGUUACAGCGUCGAGUUGGAGAAUAAAUAUUCAGAGUCUCAGAAAGAAAAGAUAUUGCAAAUUAUAAAUGAGAAUACUUCCAGUUUGUCAAGUUAUGACAUCACUAAAGCAAGAUUAAAGAACAUCUCGUCAUGGUUAAAAAAUAAUGGUCAAUUAAAGUCACUGUCAGAUAUAAAAUCCAUUGAUGGUUUUACAGAGAAACAUGCUGAUAAACUGUUCAACAGUUUAAUAAAUGGGCCACAGAAAAAAGUUCAGAAUCUCAGUAAAAAAAUCAAGGGACAAAUAUUGAAUCCACACUUGAGUGAAACUUUGAGACAGAGUUGCAAAUCAGUGGUAGCGGUGUUCACUACAGUGAACUCAGUGUGUUGGGCACUCAUUGACAGGGACAACUACGAGAUACAGGAGUGGAAGUACUACCACAUUGAGUAUCCAGAGAGCAAUAAGAUGCAAAUCACUAAUAUUCUGGAUAUUGCAUGGGAUGUCACCAAGAAGUUGCCAUCAGCAGAUAUCUAUGUUAUGAAAGCCGAGGCCAGCAGUCUCCGAGCGGCUGGCAGCGACCCCAACAACCCCAAAGUGUUGAGUGUUAACUUACAAAAGUCACAACUCAUAGCAAUGAUCGUCGCACUUAUAAAUGCCAGACAAACUGUUUGUGCAGACUGGGAAACUGAAGAAAAAGCCAACGAUACUCUGAAACAGAAAGUGUUUUUCCUCAGACCAACACUUCCAUUUAGAUUGUACGGCACUCUUGUUGGUAACGAAAGAGUGUCAACCGACCAAACCGUGGAGACACUGCUGCAAGAGGUUAAAAACAGAGAGAACAAUUCUCAAGUACAUGUACCUGAUAAAUUGGUUGCUAUGUUUAGAAACCAAAAAGAUUUGCAGAAGGACAUGCUGGGACAGUGUCUGUUGUUGGCUCUCACGUUUAUGGAUGUAUGCAUUUACAUGAAUAAGGAUAGUAUUAACAAACUGCUGAAGCGUGGAGAAUGAUUUUGAGCAUGCAUACACAUACAGAAACGCAUGUUCAUGAAGGGGAUUGUUCUGAACCCAAACAACAAAAGAAUAGGAAAAUUAAGAGUACCAAUGCUUUUUGUUGGAUCUAAUUGUCACAUCCGAAGAAUGAAGAUUAAAUUGUAUAAACGGAGAAUAAGUGAAAAAUAAUAUAUACAGAAACGUAUGCUUCUUAAGGAUGUUGUUAUGAAACUAUACAACAAAAGAAUAGGAAUAUUAGGAGUACCAAUGAUUGUUGUUGGCUCUAAUUGUCACAUCCGAAGAAUGAAGAUUAAAUUGUUUAAAUGGAGAAUAAGUGAAGAAUAUAAUAUAAUGAAUGUUACAAAUUAGUUUAGUGAUGUUGAUAUCAAUAUGAUUGUGAUAGUAGUUGUUUUUGGACCAAUGCAUGUUAUGCAUGCAAUGUGAUCAUGCAUCAUGAUUGAACUAAAACUUAGAUUAUAAACAAAUUGUUUAUUGUGUGGAAUUGCUAACCAAUGGUUAGUUUAUUGUGAUUGAAAAUACAUUAUGCUAUUUUACAA